AUGAAGAAAAAUGUAGUUAAUAAAAAAAUCAUCUUACAAUUUUACUCUUCAACAGAAAUAUUGUCUGUACACAAUUUUAAUGAGUCAAUUAAUUAUUCUUACAGAUUUUCUAAAUUCAAACGUUCUAUAAACAGUAAUUUUGGAAUUUUUAGAGGACUCUCAAAUUUACGUUGUCUAGAUAUAUCAAACAAUAAACUUGUCAUAAUAUGGCCGGGAGCAUUUGACGGAUUACGCUCAUUGAAAAAAUUUUUAGCUAUUGAUAAUCUACUGCAAUUAGUGAAUUUUCAGGAUUUUGAAAACAGUACAACUCUUGAAACAAUUGAUCUCAGUAACAACAAACUGAUAUAUGAAAGUUUGAAAUUUUUUUAUCAACCUGGACUAAAAGAGUUGUAA